AGUGGUAUAUUAAGUGAAGAAAACGACGACGUUGCCAUUAUGUCGGAUGCAAUUCGAAUAGUUUCAGGACAGAUCGAGCUCUGCUAAUAGGAAGAAGAAGAAGCCUCUAGGGUUUAUCAGAUACAGCUCUACCAGGAUUUGAACUCAUAGAAAAUAAAUCGUUUGCUAUUGAAAUACCAAACAGAGGCAAUGAUGCAAUUUGCUCCAAGUGAGGGUGAAACUGCUUUGUCCGUAGUUGGUCCAAGGCCAAUGGAGUUGUCUACGCAUAGUGCUCGCCCAGCACCUGGGCCAAAUGGAAAACAAAGGACUUCCAGUUUGGAAUCACCAAUCAUGUUGUUGACAGGUCAUCAGAGUGCUAUAUACACAAUGAAAUUUAAUCCUACUGGAACAGUUGUUGCCUCUGGGUCUCAUGACAAAGAAAUUUUCUUAUGGAAUGUUCAUGGGGAAUGCAAGAACUUUAUGGUUCUGAAGGGGCACAAGAAUGCUGUAUUGGAUCUUCACUGGACAACUGAUGGGUCUCAGAUAAUAUCAGCAAGUCCAGACAAGACUGUGGGGGCAUGGGAUGUUGAAACAGGAAAAAGAAUAAAAAAGAUGGCAGAACACUCAUCAUUUGUGAAUUCUUGCCAUCCUGCUCGAAGGGGACCACCUCUUAUUGUCAGUGGAUCUGAUGAUGGAACUGCCAAACUAUGGGAUAUGCGUCUGAGGGGUGCCAUCCAAACAUUUCCUGAUAAAUAUCAAAUUACAGCUGUCAGCUUCUCUGAUGCAUCAGAUAAAAUCUUUACCGGAGGGAUUGACAAUGAUAUUAAAGUUUGGGAUUUGCGCAAGGCUGAAGUAAUGAUGACGCUUCAAGGCCAUCAAGAUAUGAUAACAGGUAUGUCAUUGAGUCCCGAUGGCUCUUAUCUUCUGACUAAUGGAAUGGACUGCAAGCUCUGCAUUUGGGAUAUGCGCCCGUAUGCACCACAGAAUCGUUGUGUGAAGAUAAUGGAAGGGCACCAGCACAAUUUUGAAAAGAACUUGUUGAAAUGUGGCUGGUCCCCUGAUGGAAGCAAGGUCACGGCUGGAAGUUCUGAUCGGAUGGUUUACGUUUGGGAUACUACUUCUCGACGCAUCUUGUAUAUGCUUCCUGGCCACACCGGAUCUGUCAAUGAGUCUGUAUUCCAUCCCAAUGAACCCAUUAUUGGAUCUUGCGGUAGUGAUAAACAGAUCUAUCUGGGGGAAAUCUGAGUUGUACUGACAUAUAAUGUAGCAUCUUCGUAUUUUUUGUGGUAGUGACUUUUGACAAUAGUUGAACUUCGGAAGGGUUGUAUCUUGCUGUAGUUUCCAUAUUGGAUUUUGACGGAUUUAAGUGUAUAAGCAUUUUGAUUAGAUUUGCCAUUUGUAGAUGC